CGAAAGGCCUCUGACUCCCAAAUGGCACAAUUCUCUGGAUAGCGUUUUCACACGUAAAGGCAGCCUCAUUCUGCUGGAUGGAAGCAAUGCUGUGGAAAUCUAUAAAGAACGAUGUCAAACCUGCAGGCUGCAAGGGCCAGACUCAGUCACUCAUGUCCUUAUCUCAGCACCAGCAGACGCCGCGGCUCCACCUCCUCUAUCAACUCCCAAAGAGCUCCUGACUUCAACAGCAAGCAGAGUUACCUUAAAGCACAGAAAGAGUCCAAGAAGUCAAAUGUGACUGUGACAAUGAUAUACCUGGGACAGGGGCUUCCUGGCAACACUCAGGAUGAGAUGAAAGUGCUUCAGCAGAUCUGUGGAGGGGAGAACAUCUGUGUGUUUAAAGGAUUUGUUCAACCUGGAGAGCAGUUUCAGUUCACAUCCCAGCGACAUCUAGGUUUCCCCUUCAGUGCUACUAUCUUCGUGAAUGGAAUCAUGGCAGCCAGGAUCAGUUCCUGUUGUGAGUACAGAUACGCCCCUGGCUUCCAGCAAGGCCGCAGGAGCUGCUUCAGACUGACCCGUCUAAAUGGAGGAAAACCCUGCUACAAAUGUGUGAAUUCAAGGCACGGAAUAGGCACCCCAGCGAUCGAUAGUCCAGCUCCAGCCUUGCAACCAGCCAUCAAUUCUAAUGAAGGUGUUAUAGAGUCGUGCCCUUCCUCCCCUUUGUUCGUCCCUCUUGGAAUGGAAAGAUCGGUGCAGAAGACCAGAAAGCUCUCUAAAGAUGGAGGUGCUUUGUCAACAGACAGUGAAGACGUAAAUGGCACUCCAAAAGAAAGAAAACCUCACAAACGCCAUAAAGGACCACACGGCAAAAGCGUGGAAGAAUCGCAAGCGCAUAAAAAUAUCAAUGAACCCGAAGACAAACCACCUUCCAACACCAAAGAACAACUGCAAACAUCAAUAAAAGAACACGUGCAAGGUCAGGAGAAUUCAGUGACCGAAAAUAAAAAUAAAGACAGCACUAUCAAGGCAGUUGCAUUUCUCAAGAUUCAUUGCAGGAAGGAAAAACCUUGACUAAGCGCGACGGCGAGAAAACGGUGGAUGCUUCGAAAUCUAAUGGAAAAAGCAGGAACAGGGGAAGACUGAGGGACUUCUAUGAAGAAUGUGUUGAAAUGAGCGCUGGUCUGGAAUCAGGCCUAGACCAACAGAGGUGGUUCAAAGUAAACAAGUCUGAGAGGAACAAAAUCAAAGAGCAGCUCACUUCAGGACUCACUGCCAUCGGCUCAGCAUCUGAGGUGGAGCUUAGUGAGGAAAGUGACAGCAGUGUCAACGAAGCAAGGAAACCUAAAAUUAAAAACAAGCAAGGUGCAGAGGAUGCCACAUCUGAUGAGCAAGACUUACAAAAACAGAUGGAUGCCAUGACAGAAGUGCUGAGCAAUUCUGAUGAAGUGGAGCAACUAAUACUAAGAAACACAGGUCUGACGAAUGAACUGCUCAAGAGUUUGGCAACAGCGCUCAAGAGAAGCCCAUCCGAAGUCACGGUGAUUAACCUUAAUCUGAACCAAAUCGGACCCCCUGGAGUCAAUGUUUUACUAGACCUUCUGCAGGCCAAACCACAGAUCAAAGAACUACUAUUGUUUGGAAACCAACUUGGCGAUCUUGGAGUGCAGACCCUGCUUAGUGGAUUGGCUGAACUUCAAG